AUGAACAAAGAGUACAAUGCUUUGAUUCGAAAUCACACAUGGUGGCUUGUGCCUUGCCCAUCAAAUUGACUGGUCAUUGGGUGUAAGUGGGUGUACAAAACUAAACUCUCACUCGAUGGCAAAUUUGAGUGAUUCAAAGCUCAAUUAGUGGCAAAGGGUUUUCAUCAAGAGGUGGCCAUUGACUAUCAUGAAACCUUUAGUCCCGUGGUCAAGGUCACCACAAUUUGACAUCUACAUUCAUUAGCAGUCAAUCAACAAUGGUAUAUUCGUCAACUUGACAUAUCUAAUGUGUUUCUUCAUGGCGAUUUGAAGGAACUUAUCUACAUGGAGCAGCCUCAAGGAUUCAAGCAUCCUAAGUUCUCUAAUUGUGUCUCCCAACUUUAGAAGUCUCUAUAUGAUUGAUAAGUCUUCAUCUUCAUUAUCAUGAGUUAAUAAUUAGUAAAUAAUAUAGUUUUAGCCUUAACUCAUGAUAAAUAGACUUAUAUUUGAGAAUGAUUUUUGGUUUUCAAUUGAUUAACGUGAAUUUUUGGGUAAUUAUGUGAUUUUAUACGAUUUUUAUAAUCUUAUCUUUGAGAUAAAUGAAGAACAAGAAAUAAAAAUAAAAAACAUUGCAAAAUGGGGGGACCUGCGAGCGGGUCAGAAGUGCAGUCAGGGAGUAGCUGCUUGGUCUGUAGUAGGUAUUUGGUUUAUUGCUUUAGGUAUUAGUAUUAUGGCUUUCAACCUAAACGGUUUCCAUUUUAACCAAUCCGUAAUUGACAGUCAAGGUCGUGUUAUUAACACUUGCGCUGAUAUCAUCAACCGUGCUAGUUUGUUUUCAUGUAAAUAGAUUAAAGAAGUUCCCACCUUAUCCAACCCCUUUCAUUAAGUACCUCUCCCUUUCCUUUUGUCGAGUGACUUUGUUCCUCCUCUUCCUUAUUUUAUACUGUAAGUCAAAUAAGAUGUACCCUUAACACGUAGAAAGCAAGAUGGGUGUUCUCAAUCGGCGAAGCCUCACUCCCUAGCCCAGAGAUAUAAAUAAAACCAACCGAAAGAUGUUCUCAAUCGGCGAAGCCUCACUCCACUAACUCAAAAACCAAUAAUAAAACCGACAGGGGCAUGUUUGCGCCACUCCCCCCUUCCAUGUCACUGGUGGCCAGCCGGCUGUGGGGCAAGGAGUGGUCGUACACACGAGAGAAGGGACUUUGCUUUCAAAGUUAACAUUACUAUAUAUUCGCCCGAAAGGCACACAACCGAUGUGGGACUAAACCCGCGUCACACCUUCCUCACAGGCGGGAGACUGGCACGGGUUCGAAUCCUUCCAUAGUCAAAAUUCAUAUAUUUUUAUCUGAUUAUUGUGACUUUCCUGCAGAUCGCCAGUGAAGGAUUAAGUAAUGAGAAUCACUAGAUCAUCAGCAAAAAUCUCGUCAACGCAAUUUGCAGAGCAUUGCUACUAAAAUUACUGAAUGAUUCCUGAUAAAAGGAUCGCAAAUCCAUCGAGAAAAUCAUCUCCGAUUGAUCGACGAACAAGCCGUCGUCGGGAAGAGGACGAUCCGCCGGGAGACCAGUCGCCACCUCCUGAGAGCAUACUAGAUGUGAUGAAGAGCCUCCUCUUGCUGCGCGGACUUGAGGAUGAAGCUCCCUGA